CGCAUGCGCAACAGUGUUUAAUCUUCCUACCGAGUUAACGUGCUAAGUAACGCUACACCUUUUUAGCACGAAGUGUGAACAAAAAAAGUUUCAGCCACAGCUUUAAAGGCCUUUCGUGGCGUUUGGUGGGGAUAUUAAGCGGAACUCGUGUGCACAGGAGGCUUUGGCCGCUUGAGAAAGUAAAUUUUGUGACUUUGUUUGGGUGAAAAGUUGGUGAGUGCAGCUAGUUCCGCCUUGCUUUCUCUCUGUGAUGGACAGCAGCGACAAGUGUCAAAAGUAAUCAGGGCUCAUCGCACUACAGUAAACACACACCUCCCGCCCUGUGGAUUUAAUAUUUUCGCACUGAAUAACCGGACACUGGGAACGGAGUGCUGCUAAGUUAUCCCACUGGAACCUGAAAUCACUGUUAAACCGAGGACGAAAUCACUGGGAAAAGACUGCUCAGACAUCAAUGAUCUUCACUACAGACGCUGCUGGCUGCUGAAUUUUAGAGACUGUAAUGGAAAAUCCUGAUGAUGAGGUCGACUUGCAACACGGCACAACGGGAGGGGAGGAAGGAAACUCCAGCGGGGGAACACCCCCAGCCAAACGCAAAGGCAAGUUCUCCAAAAUGGGACGGAUCUUCAAACCUUGGAAAUGGAGGAAGAAGAAGCCAAGUGAGAAAUUCACCGCAACAUCCAUAGCCUUGGAAAGAAAGAUUUCUGUUAGAAAAAGCCGCCAAGAGCUGAUUGCCAGAGGAGUUCUAAAGGAAAUCCCAGAGAAUGAGAGCAAUAAUGUGAACCACUCUAAAGCCCCUCCAGUGAAGAAUGGGCACCCUUUGCCAAUAGACGUAGACAGGGUGUCAGAAGCAGGGGCACGGGUGUCCCGGGGGGAGUCCGAUAUUAAGGUGAACACCCUCAGGCCUCCCCAGGUAGAUGAGCGUCGAAGCAGAGCCCCGUCCGACGCCUCCCGAAACAACCGGGCCCCACUGGAUGUGGACUCUCACACUCGGCUUACUGUGGACGUAGAUCGCCGAAGCCGUCUGCCGUCGGAUGAUAAGAGAGGGGCGUCUUUACCCCGAGGACCUCCACAAGAUGAAAGAUACCGCAGAGACGAGAGACGGGAUGGCAAAGAAGACAGGGAUGACAGAGGAAGAAGGGACAGGGACGACCUGGAAAGAAGGGACUGGAGAGAUGACAGGGAAAGGGAUGGGGGUCCUGACCGGAGGGAAGACUUCAGAGAAAGACGAGAAUGGAGAGAUGAUAGAGGGGACAGAGACAACAGAGACAGGAGGGAGAGGGACGAGAGAGACAGGAGGGAGAGGGAUGAGAGAGAAAGACGAGAUAGGGAUGAGAGAGAAAGAAGAGAUCGGGAUGAUAGAGAAAGAAAAGAUCGAGACGAAAGAAGAGAUGAGAAAGACAGAAGAGAUAGGGAUGAGAAAGACAGAAGAGACAGGGAUGAGAAAGAAAGAAGAGACAGGGAUGAGAAAGAAAGAAGAGACAGGGAUGAGAAAGAAAGAAGAGACAGGGAUGAGAAAGACAGAAGAGACAGGGAUGAGAGAGAAAGAAGAGACAGGGAUGAAAAGGACAGAAGAGACAGGGAUGAGAAAGAAAGAAGAGAUAGGGAUGAUAGAGAAAGGAGAGACCGAGAUGAAAGGGAGAGAAGGGACAGGGACGAGAGAGAAAGGAGAGAGCGGGAUGAGAGAGAAAGGAGAGAGCGGGACGAAAGAGAAAGAAGGGGUAGAGAUGAGAGAGAAAGAAGAGACCGUGACGAGAGGGAAAGGAAGGAUUGGGAGGACAGGGAACGAAGAGACAGGGACGAGAGAGAGCGAGACGAUAGAGACAGGAGGGACGACAGGGACAGAAGAGACGACAGGGACCGGCGGCCCGAGAGGGACCGGAGAGACACCAGAGAUGACAGAGAAAGAGAGGACAGGGACAGAAAAGACGUCCGAGGAGAGAGAGAGGACCGAGACAAGUGGGACGACUGGGCCAAGAGAAAUGAACGGGAUCGCAGAGACGACCGGGACAGGAGGGACGAAAAGGAAAGGAGAGACCGGCCGGAAGCCCAGCCGCGGUAUGUGGAGGACACCAGGCCAGUGGUCAGACCUGUUUCUGAGUCGGACCUGAGGCCUGUCCUUCAGAAGAGCUCCUCAGAGGAUAACAAAAAGAUUCGUCCAGCGUCAGAGGCCGACCGCAGGAGUACCCUACCCAGGUAUAUGCCGUCUGCGGAGUUCAGAGAACGCUCAGAGUCUGCAGGUGUCCGCUUCGCCCCCGACUCUCGUCCACCAAAAGACUCCCAGCAGGACCCUCCCCCAGCCAAACAAGCCCUGCUCCCCCCUAAAUUUCUCACUGCUUCCUCCACCCCUGAACCCGGCAGGAGCUCCACUCCCCCUUCCUGCUCUUCGUCCUCUUCCUCCUCCUCUUCCUCUUCCUCAUCUUCAGGCUCUGCUGCCAUAGCAGUGGCCAGGCCACCAAGGACGGUCUCGCUCAUAAGCGACGACCCGCCUCGCCCUGCCUCCGCUGCUGCUCCCUCCCCAGCUGACUCUGACACGCCACCCCCCGUCCCACCCCACGCCAAGCAGCCUCCUGUCCCUCCACCCAAACCCACCAACCGCAACAGCAACCCUGCAGUGCUGGCUGAACUCUCGCAGCCUGGUAUCAUCGUAGUCCCAGCACAUAAACGCUCCCCUCCGACCCCACCAAAGAGGACCACACCUGUCACCAAGCGCCACUCUGUGGACCCCUCUGCUCCUGGCCAGGUCCAACCAGAGUCUCCUACUAAUGACCCAGCCUCUGCACCUGUUCUGGCGCCCCCUGCUGUUCCCACUGAGGACAAGACAAGUGCAGCAGCACCGCAACAGAUCUCUUUUGAGCCUCUGCCUUCACCGCCGUCCCACAUUCCACCGUCUCCUCCCAGGGUGCAGUCACUGAACCCGCCAGCCAGCUCCUCCUCCUCCACUGGUCCUGUGCCCACGGUGCAAACCGAUCCCCCCAGCCCCACCACGGAGCCUCCCAGCCAGCCUCCAGCCAUCCCGCUGCACAUCCUGAUCCAGAGAGCUCUGGCCAGCCCCGGCCCCACUCAGCCCAACCCAGACGGCUCCCAGAGGGCCCACUCUCUGCUCUUUGAGUCUCCUCCAGAUAUCAUGGCAGAGGCAGGAGGGAGCUCCCGCUACUCUCUGCCCAUCACCAUUGAACCUCUCAGGCUGCCAGAGGAUGAUGACUUUGACAUGGAGGAGGAGCUGCGGAAGCUGCACCCUCCGAGACCGCCUCGGCAGCUGGAGCUGGAGCCCCGUAGCCGCCGGGGGCUGGUGGGAGACCCCCGAGUCAGUGUAAUCCCCGAAGGAGGCCCUGGAGACAGUGAGGAGUCCGAGUCAGACUCUGAUGGACCCAUCCUGUACAGAGAUGAUGAUGAAGAAGAUGAAGAUGAGGAGGGCCCUCCAAGUGGGUUGGCCAGCCGUGUGAAGAGGAAGGACACGUUGGCGCUGAGGCUGGAAAGACAAGAGAGAGAGGAGAGGGAGGCUCAGGAGAACCACGACAACAUGAGCUGGCACAGCAGGGAGCAGUGGGUGGCUGUGAGGAAUAAGAUCGGAACAACACUGACACGACGACUGAGUCAGAGGCCGACAGCAGAGGAACUGGAGCAGAGGAACAUCCUUCAAGCCAAGAAUGAAGCCGACCGACGAUUAGAGCGAUGCGAGAUCAAACGGAGGCUCACGAGAAAGCUAUCCCAGAGACCCACAGUAGCCGAACUCCAGGCCAGGAAAAUCCUGCGCUUCCACGAGUACGUCGAGUGCACCCACGCCCACGACUACGACCGCAGAGCAGAUAAACCGUGGACCAAGCUCACUCCUGCUGACAAGGCUGCCAUUCGCAAAGAGCUCAACGAAUUCAAGAGUUCAGAGAUGGAGGUGCACGAAGAAAGCAGGAUCUAUACCCGGUUCCAUCGGCCUUAGCUGUCGAGAAAAGCACUUAAACCGUGAUUAACAACGCAAACGGAUGAGGGACGAGCUCCUCUUCCCGCCGUGAACCGAAUACGUGGCCCACUGGACCGUUUCAUCGACUGCCUGAUCACUAAAAUCCAGCUAAAGACGCUGACGCCGCUGAAGGCUGACGAAGCCUCGGAAACAGUUCAGCCGCCGGUGUUUUUUGUUUUUGUUUUUGUUUUCAGAAAUCCAGGUGAAUUCGGUGUCGGAGGUGCCCUGUGCCAACACUAAAAGACGGAGGAACCCCCCAUCCGCCGCCACCCACCACCACACUGGAGGGCAGUGCAACUGAGAAACACUUAGCUUGAACUGAAGCAUGAACCAGACCGUGUCCCUAAUGGGGCGGGGGGGGGGGGGUGUGCGCUAUCACCCAUGCCUUUACCUGCCUUCACUUUAACCACUGGCUUCCUCACAGGACAGGAAGAAUCCAACAGUUAGCACCGUCAACGGUACCACUACGCUCAUCUGUAAACCCGACUUUUGUACCAGAAACCUGUUUAUGCGCGCACGUUCGGUACUUACACGUCUUCACAAAGGUGCUAGGUGGCACCGGCCUUACUAAUACACACUUCGAUUUAAGACUUAAUGUGAAAAAGGUUGGUACAGCAGAGUGUAUUUUUAUCUGAAAGUCUCUGAAUCAGCAGUAAAGCUCUGUGUAUAGAGUAUGGAGGAAAUUUCCUGCCAAAACUUAACAAAAAACGUAUUUUACAAACGCCUCGCAGUCCACUAACUAAUUUGCAAAUACAGAAUGUAUCUAUAACACUUAAAAGAUUUAUUUUUCAGCUUCCUUCUAGGAUAUUCUGCACCUAUGGACACUACGUGAAGCUAGCUGUUAAAAUAAUACCAUAAUAAUAAUAAAUCUAAUGUACAAGAGGCUGUAUUUGCAUUGUAUCCACUGACACAUCGGUGAAAUCUGGACCCAAGACGUUUAGAAGGCUUCCAGUCGGUGCCAUAGAAGGAUUUUGAGUAUGUCUUGGAGGAUAAAAAGUAUUUCCUGUGAAGAUUUUCCGACAGUUCUUCUUUGUUGAUUUUCUCUUAAAUAUCCAAGUAAUUCAGUGCUUUCAAAUUGACGCACAUCGCCACCUGCUGCUGUGGAGGAUGAAUUACACUGGUGAGACGGUAACCACACGAUGCCAGAUAUUUUUUCGGUAGUAUGUAAGCAGCUCGUCGUGUUAAAAUGGUUCAACAAAAAGACAAAAGGAUUUAUUUUUCAGCUUCCUUCUUUGAUAUUCUGAACCUAUGUACACUACGUGAAGCUAGCUGUUAAAAUAAUAUCAUCAUAAUAAUAAUAAAUCUAAUGUACAAGAGGCUGUAUUUGCAUUUGUAUCCACUGACGCAUUGGUGAAAUCUGGACCCAAGACAUUUAGACGGCUUCCAGUCAGUGCCAUAGAAGGAUUUUGAGCAUGUCUUGGAGUAUAAAACGAAUUUCCCGUAAAGAUUUCCAACAUAUUUUUUUUGUUGUUGUUGAUUUUCUCAGAAAUAUCCCGUGUAAUUCAGUGCUUUUAAGUUGACGCACAUCGCCACCCGCUGCUGUGGAGGAUGAAUUACGCCGGUGAGACGAUACCGCACGAUGCCAGAUAUUUUUUCGGUAGUAUCUAAGGAGCUCGUUGUGUUCGUUCUCUGAGUUAAUCAAGAUGUUUUGUGUAAGUUUUGGCAGUAAAUGAAGUCCAUAUAGGAGCACUGAUUAUCCUAAACAUGUGCAUUUUACUGUAUGUUGAUGAUCUUUGAACUGAUUCUCAUGGAGCACAUAUCACUAGAUUAUUAUUAUUAUAAUUUUUUUUUUUUUUUUGUAAUAAGGCACCUUAUGUUCCUUAACUGGGUGUAUAGAAAAAUUGAACCUCUAAUUCUCCAGUAUGUUAAAUGAAUAAUUGAAGCUGGAAAACUGUACAUACUUUUAUUUUCCUGCCUCUUUUAUGGUACUUUAUAUAACUGCAGGUCAAUUAGUUGGCUGCAAAUUGUGUAGAUUUGAUUGACUUUAUAUUGUACAUCUACUGUAAUGCUGACAUAUUUUAAUUGUAAAGUAUUUGUCAAAUUAUAUUUCCAAGAUGUAGUAAUGGUACAAAAUAUUUCCUUUUUUUUUUUUUUUUUUUUUUGAUACAGAUUUUUCUGCAAACGACACUGUAUAAAUGAACAAUCCGCUCAGAAUUAAACCUAAUAACCUGUGA